UUUUCCAAUCUGCGUGUUGCUGACGGUUCAGUUCCUGAGCCACGUGAUCUAGAGCGAAAAUACGUUCCUCCGCAUCUACGUAGUGGAUAUGACAACAAUGGUGGGUUUGAAAAUGGUCAAUCUCGGUACAGUGGUGGAGGUCGCGGAUCCUAUGGAGCUGGUCGAGGCAGUUACGACGGUAACUACAGUCGCAGUGGUAGAGGUCGCGGUGGCAACAGCGGUGGUGGAAGUUAUGGUUACGGAAAUCGCAAUGGCGGUGGGUACAAUUACGACAGGAGUUUCAGGAGAUCGGAUUCGGGUUUCAGUGGAGUCUCACGAAGAUCCUACGAUGAAAGUGGUUCUGUUGAUUGGUCGCAGCAAUUGCCUCGUAGUGAACGUCUUGAGAAAGAGCUUUUCCACAAAGUGAAUACCGGCAUAAAUUUUGAUCUCUACGAUAAUAUUCAAGUCAAUGUUACUGGUCCCAAUGUCAAUGAAUUGACUCCCAUACAGUCCUAUGAUGAGCUUGCCCUUACGAAUAUAAUGCGGGAUAAUAUUACCCGCUCUCAGUACUCCCGUCCUACCCCAGUUCAGAAAUAUGCUAUUCCCAUUAUCUCUGCCGGACGAGAUCUAAUGGCAUGUGCACAAACAGGUUCCGGUAAAACUGCUGCGUUCUUAGUUCCCAUCUUAAAUACCAUGUUCGAGCAAGGACCCGGCAAUUCCAUUUCGGCCUGUCUUGAAACGAAUAGACGAAAACAGUUCCCCGUCGGUCUGAUCCUCGCUCCGACGAGAGAACUUGCUUCCCAAAUCUAUGACGAAGCUCGUAAGUUUUCAUACAGAUCCAAAGUCAAGCCUUGCGUCGUUUAUGGUGGCGCGGAUAUGCGGAAGCAACUUCUCGAACUGUCAUAUGGAUGCAACCUCUUAGUCGCUACUCCUGGACGGUUGUUGGAUGUGAUAGAGCGUGGUAAAAUCGGCCUCAAUCAUGUUAGAUUCCUUGUAUUGGAUGAGGCUGAUCGCAUGCUUGACAUGGGUUUUGAGCAACAGAUACGCCGCAUCGUUGAGCAAGAUCAUAUGCCUCCAUCUGGGACCAGGCAGACGCUGAUGUUUUCCGCUACCUUUCCCAAGGAGAUUCAAAUCCUUGCUCAAGAUUUUCUAAGUGACUACGUUUUUUUGACUGUCGGGAGAGUUGGAAGUACCAGUGAAAACAUCACUCAGACUCUUCUCUGGGUUACCGAGGAUGAGAAGAGAGAUGCCCUUGUCGAUCUUCUUGCAGAUUCUAACCCUGGAGAUCGCACGCUCAUAUUUGUUGAAACCAAACGGGGCGCAGAUGCUCUGGAAGAAUAUUUGUUCCAAGAAAAGUAUUCUGUCGCCAGCAUUCACGGUGACCGUACCCAAGAGGAUCGUGAGCUGGCGCUUAAAUACUUCCGUCUGGGUGUAACGCCAAUACUCGUUGCGACUGCCGUCGCUGCCAGAGGUUUAGACAUACCUGAUGUUAAACAUGUCAUAAACUACGACCUUCCCUCGGACAUUGAAGAGUACAUUCAUAGGAUCGGGCGUACUGGACGAGUUGGAAAUCUGGGCAAGGCCACUUCGUUCUUUAAUGACAAGAAUCGUAAUUUGGCAGCCGACUUGAUUGAGCGGCUGGAGGAAGUUAAUCAAUUUGUUCCUCAGUGGCUCAAGUGCAUUGGUGAAGAACCAGCACGUCAUCAGCCAUCUAGUCGGGGAAGACGCCGAGGCGGUGGUUUCGGUGGUCGUGACUAUCGCCAACAACAUGGCCGUGGUGGUGGAUCCCAGCCCAGUGGAGGUUUCAGUGGUCGAUAUAGCAAUUCAAGUGGUGGAAUGAUGAAUUUCAAUGGGAGUGGCGGCUACUCCAAUUACAGUGGUGGUGGCGGUCGCUCGCGAAACGAUCGUGUGGACUGGUGGUCUAACGAGUAG